AUGUUACCUUUACUUGCUCGUUUACCAACAAUGCGUUUAAGUUCAUCAGCAUCGCUUCGAUUAUUGAAGCGAACUCAAUCAAUUGCUGUUAAUCAACGAGCAUCAAAUCGACAACAACAAGCACUUAUUCGAGGAGGAAUAGCUCUUGUUGCCGUCGGUGGUGCUGGAUAUUUACUUAAUAAAGUUCUUAAUACUCCAACUGUUGGUGUACCAGGUACUAUAACACAACCGAAACAAAUGUCAUUUGCUGAUGCUGUUGAAGCCAAUCGAGCUUUUUCUCCUGUUGUUAAAGAACAUUUACGUUCAACUUAUGCUCAUUUUGCUGGUGGUCUUGCAAUGACAGGAACAUUUGCCUAUAUUUUUCAUCGAACUGGAUGGUCAACACGAAUUAUGACGAUGAAUAAAUGGGCAUAUUUGGGUGUAUCUCUUCUUGGUACACUUGGUGCUUUAUUUGCAACACAAGCUAUUGAUGAUCGACAAAAUCCAGGACUUAAAUAUGCAACAUGGGCAAUAUUUAAUGGUGCUAUGGGUUUGUCAUUAGCACCUAUUUAUUUUAUGCAACCAGCUUUAAUUGCUCGUGCUGCUCUUAUGACAACUGGUAUUGUUGGUUCAAUUAGUGCUGUUGGUAUGACAGCACGACGUGAGCAAUAUUUAUGGUUAGGAGGUCCCUUGAUGGCUGGUCUUGUUGCUGUAUGUCUUGCUUCGAUUGGAUCUGUUGCUUUACCAGCUACAGCUAUUCGUACUCUAUCUGUACUUCAAAAUGUUUCACUUUAUGGUGGACUUGCUGUUUUUUCUGGUUUUGUAUUAUGGGAUACUAAAAAGAUCAUUGCACACGCAGAAAAUGCUUAUAGUACAAGACAAUUAUCACCCAUCAAUGAUGCAAUUGGAAUAUAUCUGGAUUUUAUUAAUUUAUUCAUCAGAAUUCUUAUGAUCAUGAAUAAUCGUCGACGAAAAUAA